GAAAGACAAUAAUCUCGUGCGCGAGCAAACUCCAAUAAUUUUGGGAUAAAAAUAGGCCAUCACCUUCCUUGUCGCAGUUUGGCAGCUGUCGUUUUCAAUCACCCUGGAAAAAAUCGUAAACGCUGAGAUAGACGGACAAGUUGACUGAUGUGUUGACCACAGAUAUUGACCCAACGACACCAAACAGUGAGAGAAAUGUGGCAACGGAUCUCGGAAGACGACAGAGGAGUUGAAUACUGAAUGUGAAACAUUGCUAAAGAUUGUUCAAGAUUGGCCGGAUUUGCAACAAACACAGGCACAGUAAUCAAGAUUAAAGUGGAUUGUCGGGUGUUGACUGACUGUCAGAUACUGGGCGUCAUCAAGGGCACACAUGGCCCAUACAGUGCAGGACCACCAGAUGGCACAGCCCCAGGCAGCAGUGUUGUCUCUCCCUCCCUCCGGCCAGGCUAAAAGAUGGACAGUGUUGAACUCCCUGCUAUGUGGAGCAUUGGCAGGAGCCGUGGCCAAAACAGUCAUAGCUCCUCUGGACAGAACCAAGAUCAUCUUCCAAGUGUCUUCACAAAGAUUCUCUGCUAAGGAAGCCUUCAGACUCCUCUACUGUACAUACAUGAAAGAUGGCUUCCUCAGUCUGUGGAGGGGCAACUCUGCCACCAUGGUGCGGGUUAUCCCCUACGCUGCCAUCCAGUUCUGCUCCCACGACCAGUACAAGAGAAUCCUGGGGGGAUACUAUGGCUUCCAGGGAAAAGCCCUUACUCCUUUUCCACGUUUCCUGGCAGGGUCGUUGGCUGGCACCACAGCUGCCAUGCUCACCUACCCCCUGGACAUGGUGCGGGCCAGGAUGGCAGUGACACCCAGACAAAUGUACAGCAACAUUAUGCACGUGUUUGUGCGCAUUACGCAGGAGGAGGGCAUUAAGACCCUGUACAGAGGCUUCUGCCCGACCAUCCUGGGAGUGAUCCCAUACUCAGGAAUCACCUUCUUCACAUAUGAGACCCUCAAGAAACUGCAUGCAGAGAGGACUAGGCGGUCCCAGCCGUACUCCUACGAGCGCUUGGCAUUUGGCGCGUGUGCUGGCCUACUCGGCCAGUCGGCCUCCUACCCGCUGGACGUGGUUCGCCGACGCAUGCAGACGGCCGGGGUGACGGGCCAACAGUACGGCAGCGUCCUGAACACCAUGAAAGCGAUCGUGGUGCAGGAGGGUGUGGUGCGUGGACUCUACAAGGGCCUCAGUAUGAACUGGAUCAAAGGGCCUAUCGCUGUGGGGGUCAGCUUCACCACCUUUGACCUCAUGCACAACCUCCUGCACAAGAUGCACCAGUUGGGAUACUUCACACACUGAGCCAGCAGAGGGAGCCAGAGGAAAGGUUCACUGUUGAGACUAGAGUUGUCGUCCGUCGGUCACAGACACAAUAUGGAUCCUCUAAGUCAGAUAGGGAUUGAAAGGGGAGAGUGGAUACUGGACAGACAGGAGGAGACAGAAGCUGUCCAUUUAUUUAAGCGCACAUCCUCUGACACACAUUAAGCACGCACAGCCAGACCCCCCACUCUUGCUGUUGAUGGAUGGGAUGUCUGUACUAAGGCUACAAUAAGUGUCAUCAAGCAGGGUAGAUGUUUGAUGAGUUUGCAAUAUGAGAGGUAUGAGAAUGUGAAUGAUUUUACAUUUCCAGUCCUGAUAUUUGUUUGAGAUUGUGGUAUUAUCUCUGGUAAGGGCACUUAAUGGGGCUGGAGAUUAUCAGAGGCGAAGAACUUUACAAUCGGUUCAUUUUAGUAUGGAAUUUUAUCAACUAUGCUCACAAUGUUUUCUGUUGCUUUAAACUGAAGAUUCACUUAUAUUUUCAACCAUGCAUUGCUGCUUUUUCUUCUUGAUUAUUUCCGGGCUUGUUGCAGCUGUAAUCCGCUGCUCUGCUCACUUCUGCAUUUAGCAUCAACGUCUCAUGGAAGAGUCACCUAGUGGGCCUUGCUGCCAGAAAAUAGUUGGUAGUUGGGGAUGUAGUCUUAUUCCAAAGAGCUUGUUUCUGUUUUGUGACGGUUAAAAAUGUCAAUUUUAUGACGUGCCAAGAUGGAAUGUACUGUCAGGAAAAUUAUUGGCACCCUUGAUAAAGAUGAGCAAAUACUGUAUAACAAGUACUGAGCUAUAAUGUAUGCUCAAAAAUGAGAAAAUUCUAUUUUAUACUAAUACAGUUGCUCAGAGAAAGAGAUUUUGUUUAUCAAGUAAUAUUUUUUUCUCCAAAAAAGAGAGGUCAAAAUUAUUGCCACACUUGUUUUCAAUACCUCUCCUUGCGAGGAUAACGACACUGAGCCUUUUUCUAUAAUGUUUGAUGAGAUUGGAGAACACAUUGGGAGGGAAAUUGGACCAUUCCUCCAUACAGAGGAGUGUGGUUCAAGUCUAGAAACUGAUGGCCAUUGCAAAAUGUUGAUUUGUGUGGUCAAUUAACUGGUGUGCGUGGCCAAAGAGCUCAAUUGUCAUGUCAUCUAACAAAUGGAGAUUGCUAAACGGCAUUGGCAGUUGGUUUGGAACCUUUGCUAUGGUCAGAUGACACUACAAUAAAGCCCUAGGCUUCCACAGAAUGAUGCAUAUGAAGAGAAAAAAACACCUACUGUUCCAUAUGGUGGUGGAUCUUUGAUGUUAUUGGGGCUAAUUUGCUUCCACUGGUUCUGGGGCCCUUGUUAAGGUCAACGGCAGCAUGAACUUCACCCAGUACAAGGACAUUUUAGCCCAAAACCUGAUUGCCUCUUCUAGGAUGCUGAAACUUGGCCACAAGUGGAUCUUCCAGCAAGAUGAUAACCCCAAGCACACAUCAAAAUCCACAAAGUAAUGGCUAAUUGACCACAAAAAUCAACAUCAGUCUCCGGACUGGUUUAAAUUGAAGAGGGCAGAUGAAGGAUAUCGAGGAUCUGGAAGGAUUCUGAAUGGAGGAAUAGUCUGAGAUCCCUCCCAAUGUGUCAAUCUCAUAAAACAUUUUAGAGAAAGGCCCUGUGGCAUUCUCCUCGCAAGGUGACUUUUUAAAACUAGUGAUCAUUUAUAUCCAUUGUUUAAAAAAAGUUUUUUUGUAUUGUUAUAUUUUGUUUAUCUGAGCAAUUGCAUUGGUAUAACAUUUUUUAAUGUUUUAUUCUCCAUUGGACCUGACCGUCGGUGUGCAAUAAUGCCCUCACGUUGAUGAGACAGAGAUGGUGAUAUCAUAAAUAGUUUAUUUUUAUUAACAACAUGCCUGCAGUCCCUCACACACUGAAUGCCAUCCUCCAUUUAAACAAACUGAAGCGUUUCAGGCAGGAGGCCACAGGUGUGUGCAAUCAGCGUAUUAGCAAGGCUCGCAAGCAGUCAGCUGACAAUAAAGGGACAUGUCACUCAUUUGAACGUUCAAACCAACAGUUAAAGGUUGUGCUGAUGAAAUAAAGAUGAGUUUAUUGGAUUUGCACGUUAUAAUGGAUUGACAAUUUAGCUAGGAUCCUAGAUAUAUAAAUACAUUCAUUCAUUUUACAGUGAAGGCUACUCCUUCACAGUCAGUAAUCAUUUCAGCCUGACUGCGCAGUUUCACUAUCUGGUGUCUAUAAAUAUAGAUUUGUAGUGUCUAACCGGAAUCUAAUGGAUAUCAUCCAUAUUUUCCCACUAGAUGUUGCCUAAGGCAUAAAUAUAUAAUCAGUAUAUUUCUAAUAUUAAGGUAGUCUUUCUAUUAUCUGUAGUCUUAUUGUGAAGGAAAUCCAGUUUGUCAUAAAUCUGUUUCUAUGUUUAUUGAUACUUUACACAAGAAUUUCUCUACACCCGCAAUAACAUCUGCUAAAUAUGUGUAUGUGACCAAUAAAAUUGGAUUUGUUUGACUUGAUAUUGAUGUCUUGAAUAUAUUAAAAUACUAAAGAACUUA